UGUCAGGGCUGCAGCUGUCUUAGAGCAACAAUAACAAGCUCUGCCACAUUAACUUAGCACGGCUUUAACGCUCCCUGACAGCGCCAGAUAACACCGAAUCUCGUCAAAAUGUGGCUCUCAGAAUAACUUAGACCUCUGUUUCCUCGUCGUCCGAGUCGAACACUAGGGUUACCGUCUCCGCCACCGCCGCUCCAGACCCGGAGAGUCGGUCGCAGGGCAGGCAGGGCUGCAUCUGGGUCAGUGGGCCUGUCGGCGGCAGCACCGGUGUUAUCCCCGCGGGCUCACAUUGCGCCUGUCAUUCGUUUUUAUAUAGCCUACAUACCCGCAUAAUCCGCGGUAACAUGCAGGGGGACGGGGCAGGACAGGACCAAGACUCAGAACUGUCCUGCCGAAACGGUGCGCAGAACGGCGAGUCGUCCUCCAUCGGAGAGGCUCACUCCAACGGGCUGGAGUCGGUGACUAACAAUGGAAACACUGUCAACAACAACAACGGAGUGUCAGCACCGCCGGAGUCCAACAACAGCAACAGCACGGUGGACACUAGGAAGAAGAAGCGCCUGUCUCAGUGCGAGGAGGACGUCAUCAGGCUCAUCGGACAGCAUCUCCACGACCUAGGGCUCAAUCAGACGGUGGACCUCCUGAUGCAGGAGUCAGGGUGCAGACUGGAGCACCCCUCCGCCACCAAGUUCCGCAACCAUGUCAUGGAAGGAGAGUGGGACAAGGCUGAGAGUGACCUGAAUGAACUGAAGGCAUUGAUGCAUUCUCCCAGUGCUAUAGUGCGGAUGAAGUUCCUGCUGCUGCAGCAGAAGUACCUGGAGUACCUGGAGGACGGGAAGGUUCUGGAGGCCCUGCAGGUCCUCCGAGCCGAGCUCACUCCUCUCAAGUACAACACGGAGCGGAUCCACAUCCUGAGCGGGUACCUGAUGUGCAGUCAUGCAGAGGACCUGCGAGCCAAAGCAGAGUGGGAGGGCAAAGGCACGGCGUCCCGCACCAAGCUUCUGGACAAGCUGCAGACAUACCUGCCCCCCUCGGUGAUGCUGCCCCCCCGGCGCCUGCAGACCCUCCUGAAGCAGGCGGUGGAGCUGCAGAGGGAGCGCUGCCUGUACCACAACACCAAGCUGGACAGUGGGCUGGACUCUGUGUCCCUGCUGCUGGACCACGCCUGCAGCCGGAAGCAGUUCCCCUGCUACACUCAGCAGAUCCUCACUGAACACUGCAAUGAAGUAUGGUUCUGCAAGUUCUCCAACAACGGCACAAAACUGGCAACUGGGUCCAAAGACACGACGGUCAUAUUGUGGCACGUGGACACGGAAACCCAGCAGCUAAAGUUGAUGAAGACUCUGGAGGGUCACGCUUACGGGGUCUCGUACCUGGCGUGGAGCCCUGACGAUGCGUAUCUGAUCGCCUGUGGACCUGAUGACUGCUCUGAAUUGUGGCUGUGGAACGUUCAGACGGGGGAGUUACGCACCAAGAUGAGUCAGUCUCAUGAGGACAGCCUGACCAGCGUGGCCUGGAACCCCGACGGUAAACGCUUCGUCACCGGGGGCCAGAGGGGCCAGUUUUACCAGUGUGACUUGGAUGGGAACCUGCUGGACUCCUGGGAAGGGGUCCGGGUUCAGUGCCUGUGGUGUCUGAAUGACGGCCGGACCAUGCUUGCAUCCGACACACACCAACGCAUUCGUGGAUACAACUUUGAGGACCUGACGGACAGGAACAUGUGAGUCCCCAGC